AUAUCUUUGUCCUGAUUGCUUCUAUACCUGUGGUGGCGGUAGGAAAAAGCCAAGGGAACGUGUUGGCCACAUCUCUGCGUAGUUUGCGAUUCCUUCAAAUUCUACGGAUGCUUCGAAUGGACAGGAGAGGGGGGACAUGGAAGCUUUUAGGAUCAGCCAUUUGUUCACAUAGCAAGGUAAGCUGUAUAAAUAAACCCUGUCAAACUAUUUGAAUAUUCACAGUAACUACAAGUCCCCAAAAAACAAUGUAAUAGAUGGCUGAUAUGCAAUGAUUUAGGGAUUUUCAGGGCAAAGGAGCAAUGGAUAGAGAUCUGCCAGGUGGGGACUAUGUAACUUUAUGUUCUAUAAUUUUGCAUUAUUUAGUUUACUGGAUGCUAGUGUGGAAAUGACGCUGCUACAUUUUAAUUUGCUUGUUUCUUGUGAUCUUAUGACACCCCUAAAUCCAAUUCCCCCUUUACACUCCCUAAGCUUACAAUAUAUUAUAAACUGCUGCACCCCCACAUUCUGGAGAAGCCACAGCUCUUGUUUUUGGAGGCUUAUUGACGUUGACGUCAUACAAUGUAAAGUAUUGACCGAGCUAUUUUUCUAUUUUCUACAGAUUUUGUUUAUCUAAUGAUCCCGUUAUCUGUUUUUCUGUAGUUUUGUUAUUAUCUUCAGGCUGGUUGUGUCCGACUUCCCAGAAACCAUUUUCAUCUUCUUUAGAAAACAAUAUUGACAAUCUAUUUUUCUUGUUGAUCUAUUUUCACAAAUAGACAUUUAUAAUGUUUGCCCACACUGGAUUUUGUUCUCUAAACAAUGAAUUGAAGUGAAUUAAAACCCAAAUUUAGUAUAUAUAAAAAUAAAAGCAUUUAGCGACCCCUAGUGUUUACAUCGUGCAGUGCAGGGGAGAGUAAUUAUUAUUAUUAUUAGCAGUUAGAAAACGCCAACUUAUUUCGCAACCAUUGAUAUUAUAUAGCACAUACAAAAUCUGAAUGUGUUACCAUUUUUAAAAUAAAUAUAUGAAAAUGUUAAAGAUAAUUAUGAAGAUAUUUCUAAGUGAAUCAAGAUUACAAAUCAGGUCUUCUUCUUGUCACUGUUUAACUCAUUCUUUCGUAGGAGCUUAUCACUGCCUGGUAUAUUGGUUUCUUGACACUGAUUCUGUCAUCGUUUCUUGUCUACCUGGUUGAGAAAGAUGUUCCGGAAGUAAACGAACUUGGUGAACCUGCCCCUGAAGAAUUUGAAACGUAUGCCGAUGCUCUGUGGUGGGGAUUGGUAAGUUGGUAAUUUGUGUUAAUGUAACCUUCAUCCCACAAUGCGACGUUGGGUACUAGAAAGAACUUUCUUAUCAGUCACGGUCUUGUCUUUCUGGAAAUAUUGCUACACUUUCAUUGUUGGAACAUCUGUCCUUUGUGAUCACCAGAAUACUUUGCCAUGGCCUUAUAGUUCUACCCAGAUUUUACCACUACCCAAGAUCUUGGGAAUAAUCAACGACAGACUAUGGAGUCAAUUUAGAAAAUGUUCGAUGAUUAUUAAACAUAACAAAGCCUAUAAAGGAACUAAAUAAGGGUCUGUCUAGGGGGAGUAUCAUUAAUUACCCAUCAAAUAUUGUCAAUUAUUAUUUAACAGCAUUAACAGACUUGUGCAGCCAGAAUGAAAUAGGCAUGUAACAAAUCAUUGAUCUAAAACUUAUCUACAACUGCCCUGGCAUGGAACAAGCAGAUCUAACUGGAGCUAUUUUCCUUGAUUUUGCUAAGGCCUUUGACACAGUAGACCACGACAUUCUACUGCACAAACUCGAAAACUCAGGUAUUGGUGAUCAUUCUUUAAACUGGUUUCGAUCGUAUGUAUCGGAUCGCUCGCAAUAUGUGUCCAUUUCUGACAGUGACUCCCUCCCUCUCCCGGUCACGUGUGGUGUUCCCCAGGGUUCCAUUCUCGGCCCCCUACUAUUUACAUUAUUUAUAAAUGAUCUGCCUUAUGUCUGCCAAUCCUCAAAUGUACACAUGUACGCAGAUGACACGGUAAUCUAUGCGAGCAAACCCAAUCUACCGCAACUUGAGGCUUUGCUCCAUGACCAGUUUACAGAGGUAGAAAAGUGGAUCGCAAAAAACAAACUCUUCCUGAACACUGACAAAACUGUCACAAUGAUCUUUGGAACGGUACCUAAAUUACACAAAUUACACAAUUCCCACCUAUCAAUCAAAACAAAUUCAAAUGGUACACUGACCACAAUCCACUCUUUCAAAUACUUGGGUAUGAUGUUAGACCCCAAUCUAUCUUUUGGCCUUCACAUAGAAAAGCUUGCAUGUAAACUUUAUCCAAAACGAGGUGCCCUGUACAGAAACAAAUCUUGCCUAAGCCAUACAAUAAAGGAAAGGAUUGUACAGCAAAUGCUGAUGCCAAUCAUUGAUUAUGGGGAUGUAGUAUAUGCAUCUGCACCGCAAUCCCACAUUAAUAAACUCAACACAUUGUAUAACUCGUUCUGACGAUUUGUGCUACAAUGUAAUUACAGGACCCACCAUUGUGACAUGCUAAAGGAACUAAACUGCCUGUCGCUGGAAUCCAGACGCACCCUUCAUCUUUCCAGCCUUGUGUUUAAGAGCUUUUCUGGGAAGCUCCCACCCUACCUGAACAAAAUGCUUUCCCCAGCUGUUCCCACUUUCUAUAAGCUCCGAUCCAGUACCAACAUUUUACUUAGUCUACCUCAAUACAAAAAGAAAGCGGCCCGAUCCUCCUUCUCCUACAGAGCGCCGCAAUUGUGGAACGACCUCCCGCACACUUUAAAAUCUUCCCUAAGCCUAAAGUCCUUUAAGAGAUCCCUCUCUACAUACCUCAAAACAGAAUGCACGUAUCAUGGUUGAUUAUAUAUUUCCUGCCUGUUCUAUGUUAAAUUUUGCAUAUAUUGUGUAUUAAUAUUGUUUUUGUAUUUUAUUGUACCAUAAUGUAUCAAUGCAAUGUUUUGUGGACCCAGGACAUACUUGAAAACGAGAGAAAUCUCAAUGUAUCUUUCCUGGUAAAAUAUUUUAUAAAUAAAUACCGAGCACUAAGUUUUCUUUAUUUUGUCUUAUGAUUUUCAUUUUCCUUUCUCUGCUUUUAUCUCUCUCUACACUAAAUGAACUACUAUUGAUGCGGUAAAGUAACAUAAUGAUAACGCUCCUAGAGGUACAAUUUAAGCGACUCCAAUCCUAGCCUGAAUAAUAAUUAUGCUUUUUGUUACAUCUACUACAGGCACGAUCUUUAUGCAGUGGGGAGUUGGUGUACCCCUACCCUCACUCCCCCUCCCACCCCCCAAAUAGCUGGGUGUGUUUGUACCUGCUUGAUUUCUAGACUAGUCUAUACAACGUUAAACCACUGUACCUUUUUCUCUUUCAGUACAUAUAUCCAGCUUAUCUACCCUCCUGUUACACCAAUAUAAUAUUCCUGAACACUAAUCACUUUGUCUUGCGUCCUUAGUCUAAGUGUCAGACUAGGCCGGCGGUUAGCCAAGUAUAUUUAACACACGCAUCUUCUUAGAAUGAUAUUUAACCCCCGUGUAAAGCCUGGUUUGCACCAACUGUCACAGACAAGUUUACUUAGCCUGUCAUUAUCACGCAUUCUAAGCAUCUGAAUAUCUUGUUAUUAAUAAUUCUAUAAAAAUGUGCCACAUCUCUCAAUGCCACACAAUGUUAUAAUAUGACUGUUAUUGCUAAGCUUGCAUUGUUGUUGGGGCAUGGCAAGCCUGUUUGUAACCAGUUGCACAGCGAAAAUAAAGAACUGACUAAAAAAUAAAUUUAAAAAUUGUGACUUAAUGUUGGCAGCUUUGGAAGGUUUGUUCAGACUCCAGUCACCCUGCAUAGGAAUCUAAAGGUACGUCAGUGCCCUCUAGUGGUAACACAUCAUAUAACACUUAAAAAAUAUAUAUUGAGUUUAAUGUUUGUAAACUUAAUCAUCAUCAGAAUUAUGCAUAUUGCAUAAAAAAAAAUCCCCCAAAAAUACAUUUUUGACAUUCUUUAUUUUUCAGUGCAUAUAAGUAGGAGCAUACGUACUUGCGAUGCCAUGGCAGCAUAGACAAGUCAUUCAAUGACAUACAUAGUAAUAUAAAGCAUGGCAUGUAUAAACAUUGUAUAACAAAGAACAAAAGGAAUCAAUAACAUAUACUUAUCAAUAAAACAGAGAACAGCUUCCCACUGAACACCUCCCAAGUAGUGUUACGUCUAUACAAGCCGAUUGAUAUAGUACACGUGGGAUACAGCUGUUAAACCUAAAAUAUAAUAAAACAGAACAUAGCAUAAUACAGUUAAUCAAUAUAUAAUAAUCCCUGCUAAAGAUUGCACUCACAGGAUUUUGAAGUUAAAUGCACUCUUAUGGUGCCUCCCAUGAUGUUUGGGGGGCUAGUAUCUCCCUCUCAGGAUCAGGUAUCACCCAGGAACCAUGCAGGACUCCGACAGGUAGAUAAAUAGAAAAGAGGUUUUUUUUCUUUUCUUUUCUACUUAUCUGUAAAAACAUUGCACAUUUUUGUAAAAGUAGGAAGUAACGUAAGAAGAAAUCAUUUUGCUUUCGGUAUGGCAGGCUGUAUAUAACAGUAAACCUGUCAAAAAGCUUGCAAGAAUAAAUCCCUAGCACAGCCUGCUUCAAUUUUAAAUUAUAAAGACACUUAUCCAAAACAGGCCAGGCACGUGUGUCUGAACAUAUGUCGUAAUCUUAGCUAUCUAGGCAAGUUACUUCAGACAGGAGAAGAGAAUUAUGGAUAGACAUGCUAGAUAUGCUAUCAAACUCGCAGAUACUAUAACAGGAAUAUAAAACCACUGGUGCCCACCGACAGAACAUAAUACAAACUUAAAGCAUUUGCCCCAUGUGAGCCUAAGGCCCAGAAGAAAUAUGGUGCCCAGGCCCUAAUGUGUACCGGACCCACAGAGUGUUGCCCCACCAGCCCCAGGCACUGACACAGUCCUGCACAAUCUUCUCACUUAUCUGGUCACGUUCAGUGACCUGAAAUGGGUUUCGGGACCCUCUCUCCGAGUUUUACAUGUCCGGCUGUGUGUCAAAUAUAUGUAAAUGUUACAAUUGCAAACAUAGAACAAUUUUCCUUUAAGUUGACAAAAAAUAGUACAAGAUUUUUUGAUUUAUUUGAGUAUUGGACAAUAAACGUAAAAAAUGAUUACCAACUCCGUUACAAUGGCCACCAAUGGUCCAGGAUUUAGGAACUACCCAGUUCUGGUCUAGUGAGAUGUUUUUAAAACAUCAACCUGACUUCAUUCAUUUAUAAUGAACAAUAUACAAUAGAUUGAACUGUGUUGUUCGAUCAUCACCUAAACCCUUGUUUGGCUCACUGUUAAUAUAAUGUUGCAGAGAUCUACAAAUGUCGCAUUGUCAAUAUCUACUGUCAUUGUAUUUUUUCAGAUUACACUUGCAACAAUCGGUUAUGGAGAUAAAACCCCAAAGACUUGGGAGGGACGUCUCAUUGCUGCUACCUUUUCAUUGAUUGGUGUCUCAUUUUUUGCACUUCCUGCGGUGAGUAUUAUUUGGAGUGGUCAUUGUCCUCCGGGAUGGUCUUCUUUCUGCGAUUCUCCAUGCUAUUGUGUCGGUUUUAUCCAGAGCAUUGAAAACAUUGCAGACCAAGUAUUUUUAUAAAUAUAGCAACAACAAAAAAACACAGCGGUCCGCACACAUGGGCAAAUCCAAAUACUACUUCACAAAUGAAAAAAAGGUGAUGAAAAAGUAGCACAUUUACAGAAAAAAGUCAUAGAAAUAAAUACACAUGGCAUCACACUGUAACAGCAGUCCUCGUGGAGGCUAAGGUAGUUCCAAUAUCAUAUGUACAAAAUAGUAUCAAGUGUGUAAAAUAACAGUAUCAAAAGGGGGAAAAAAAAGAUAGAUGGACACAAGUCUCUUUUCAGCUAUGUAACUAUGUAACUAUGUAAUAAAUACUGAGUGAAUGAGCUACCCGCAACUACUGUUUAGGGGAGAGACCACCUAAGAAGACCACUCAGAAAACGGUAAGUGAUGUCCUGGACAGAUGCCCCACCUGGUGCUUACAAAACAUGGGCAUGAAGAGAGAUUCCCAGAAUAACAAGGAGAACGAGGCUUACACAUCUGAGAAAGCACACACCUUUGAGAAAGCACCCUUAGGGGCCGGAAUGUUAAUAACCAUGAAGAUCCAUUAAUAAUUGAAAAUUCCCAAUUAUAUAUAUUAAUUUUUUUGGCCAAUUAGUCUGAUCCUUUGGAGUGCUCAGAUUCUUGUCAGAAAUGUUCCCCGUCAAGAGUUUAGUUUAUUUUGUAUAAUUGUGGAGAACUGGAAGUUGUUCACAAAUUCCUUUAUAAUUUUUAUAUUCCUUGGCGGGGUAGUUUAACAAAUACUUGUUGCCCUCUGCUAUCAAUUCACAGAGGGGAACCUGGAUUCAGUAAUGAAGUAAUUACUUUAGAAGUUAGAAUGCUCCAAGCUCGUAGUUAUUUACGGUGGACGAGGCCCCUGUUGGUUGCCCAUUCUGUCCAUUUUAAGUUUUGAAUAUCUAAGGCAGAAUGUAAUGGGGACUUUUCAAUUAUUAAUGGAUCUGCAUGUUUAUUAACAUUCCGGCACAAGGAGUGUCAAGGGUGUGGGCUUUCUCAGAUGUGUAGGCCUCGUUUUCCUAGUUACCUCUUUCAUAUAUUCUGGGAAUCUCUCUUCAUGCCCAUGUUUAGAAAGGUAGGGUGCAAAACACUUUCAGGCCAUAACUUACCAUUUUCUGAGUGGUCUUCUUAGGUGGUCUCUCCCCUAAACAGUAGCUGCGGGUAGCUCAUUCACUCUGUAUUUAUAAUUUUUUUCCCCCUUUUGAUACUGUGUUAUUUUACACACUUGAUACUAUUUUGUUCAUAUGAUAUUGGAACUACCUUAGCCUCCACGAGGACUGCUGUUACAGUGUGAUGCCAUGUGUAUUUAUUUCUAUGACUUUUUUCAGUAAAUGUGCUAAUUUUUCAUUGCCUUUUUUCAUUUGUGGAGUCUUUGGAUUUGUCCAUGUGUGCUGUUUUUUUCUGGUAAUAUUUUUGAAUAUUUGAGAAUGGUCCAGCACCAAGGAGUUAAUUGUUAAUCCUAUUAGUCCUGAUACAGCCUCUUAAUCAAAUGUAUUAUUUUUGAGUGAGGGAUCCCACUUCACCAAAUUUAUGUCAAAGUAUUUUCAUGUUGUUUCCAUUACAGCAAUGUUAUAUUAGGAAUGUAUGUUAAUAAUAUUCUCUCUGUUGAUAGUGAUUACAUAUACAUUCCAUAAUGUAUUCAUUUUAUACAGAUACCUUAGCAUCUAUGGAAGGAAUGUAUAAAAACUAUUGUGUUCAAUUUCAGCCAAUCAACUGCUAUUCAUUGUGUUGAAGAGCAUACAGAGAGGCACUAUACUACUAGAGUAGAUUUUGUACUCCUUUAGUGACCACAAGGUGACCUAGCAAUAUUUUGACGGUACUGGAUGUUUGUCAUACAUUCAUUUUAUAAUAAUGAAUGCAUUGGUUGGACAAGAAUUAUGGAAUUACCUUGGUUGGACAAGAAAGGAUCUUAAGUUUGAAAUACAAUGACAUCUUCCUCAUUUACAUAGUUUCAAACAUUAUUAAUUAUUAUUAUUUUAUUAUUUAUAUAGCGCCAACAAAUUCCGUAGCGCUGUACAAUGGGUGGACUAACAGACACAUAAUUGAGAUCAGACCACUGACGUACAGGAACAGAGGGGGUUGAGGUCCCUGCUCGAUGAGCUUACAUGCUAGAGGGAGUGGGGUAUAGGGACACAAAGGGUUAAAGUAGGGGAAUUAAAUAGUUUGUUAGAGAAGGGUUUAUUGAGUGCUUGGUAUGUCAUUUUUGACAGGUGCAGGAACGGAGUCAUGGGGUGGGGGAUGAGAAACCUGCUGACAGUUUAAUUGAUACUCUUUAAUGAAGAAGUGAGUUUUCAAAGAUUUUUUGAAGGAGUGGAGGCUGGCUGAAAGUCUGAUUGAGGAGGGAAGGGAGUUCCACAGAAUAGGUGCAGCCCUGGAGAAGUCUUGAAGGCGAGCAUCAGAGGUGGGGAUCCAGGCAGAGGAUAGGCGUAGGUCUUGGGCUGAGCGCAGGGGUCUCGACGGGACAUACUUGUGUAUGAGGGAGGAUAGGUAUGUUGGAGCAGCAUUAUGUAGGGAUUAGUAAGCAAGCGCCAGAAUUUUGAAUUGGGCCCUAUAUCUUACUGGAAGCCAAUGCAGGGACUGACAGAGCGUGGAGGCGUGGGAGGUGCGACCGGACAGGAAAAUAAGCCUCGCAGCCGCAUUCAUUAUAGAUUGCAGCGGUGCAAGCUGGGAACAUGUAAGACCGGUGAGAAGGGAAUUGCAAUAGUCAAAGCGAGAGAGAACAGCAGCAUGAACCAGUACCUUAGCCGCGUCCGGCGUUAGAUAUGGGCGGAUGCGCGCUAUGUUCUUGAGUUGGAAGCGACAGGAUUUGGCUAUCGAUUGAACAUGGGGAGUAAAAGAGAGAUCAGAAUCAAAAAGAACCCCUAGGCAGCGAGCCUGGGAGGUAGAGGUGAUAGUAGCACCGUUGACUUGGAUGGAGACAGACACAGGAGUAGCAGCACUUGAGGGAGGAAAAACUAGAAGUUCUGUUUUGGACAGGUUGAGUUUAAGGAAGUGAGCAGCCAUCCAGUUGGAAAUAGCAGAGAGGCAGUCAGAAUUCAGACAUGGAUGGUGUGGCCAUGUCAAUGAGCUGUGUUUGUAUUUUCUAAUCUGACAUAUCUAGUGAUACCCGCUGACUAACAAACUGGUGAUGCUCAGAGGCUUCAGGUUUUCCCAAGAACCUGGAGAAUGAUAGAAAACUAUAGCAGUAGGAAUGCAAACCUAAUGAUAAGGUGUCCCUGUCCCUAGCUCUCUAUAAGUCGCCUCUCCAUUUGUAAUAAAUAAUAAAAUUUAUUUACCUUUUUCCAGUGCUGAGGGAGCCUCUCCAACUACCUUUAAUGCCACGAAGGAGGCAUGAUCUCCUCCAAUCCACUGCUUCUCUUAGAGGAGCAUUGGGGACAUAAAGCACAUGCGCGGCAACUGCUGCCCACUUUAUAGCUUCCUCACGGUGUUGGGUAAUCUAAGGUUUUAUAUGUAUGGAAUAUAGAUUGAAUAAUAUCUGAUGAUAUUCACACACACAUAGAGCCUUCAGGGACCCUGUAGUUCUUUGUUUUAAGCGGUGAUAUAAACACUUAUGGACGGCAGAUGGCCAAUAAACAGACUUUGCUUAAAAUAUAUAUAAAUUUAAUAAUACACACUAGAAAAUGCAAAGCAACAAAACAAUACAACUAUAAUCAAUUUGCUGUAUUAUAUAUGAGUUUAUAUCAACAAGUCAAUUAGUUUAUUUGACAAGCCUAAGAGUCAACAUUACACUUUGUCUCAUCUAUAAUCUUAUCAGCAAAGGACAAUAAAAUAUAUUACAAACUUCACAGCAGAACCAGUAUACCGAAUUAUUCAUAUGACACCCCUUGCAUUAAUGAUACAAUUGUUAUUAUAUUAAUUAGUUAAAUAUCAACCAACCCUGACAAGUAUAUACCAUCAGUUUAACUACAGUACGUUUAUAUAAGGUUUCUGAUAGCCUUAGUAUAUAUAUAUUGAACUGAUCUACGUCUAAAGAAGGAAUCAAGAAUGUUCUGACUUAGGAAGUUAUAGCUGACUCAGGCUGCAGGUAGAAUGAGAUAUAACUGUUCUGUCAAUAGGGAUCAGUUCACAAGAUAGACACAUAGGGCAUUCGAUAUUCCAGUUUAUUUAAUAUAAAGUAAAGAGAAACCGUUAUACAUUACCAAGAGUCUAGGAUGAAGGAAUUCAAUUUGGGAUUCUCAUCUCUGGGUGCUCUGGUCUGUAACUCAGUCUAUUGCCCUUAGUCAGUCAAUCUCCUCCUUUCUUAGCCCUCUGUUUUCUCCUUUGAUAUUUUUUAAGAUGAUCUGAAGAUAUUCCUCCUCUCUCUUAUUUUUUUCCCUAUUUAACCAUUAUUUCCCCCUUAUCAGUUCCUGCCCCUUGUUUGUAAAUGGGCGGUACCUGGGACUUAAAUCUGGCUUUUGAUUGGUUAUGGGGGUAUCUUAAUAUUUAAUUAUUAAUGUGGCCCUUAGGGACUUUCACCAAUAGAUGGCACUAUUUCCCUAGGCAUGAAGACCUAAAUUAGAUCAUUGAUGACCUGGUUAAACAAAUGAAUUGACCUUUAAUUCGCCUAUACUGGGGAUAUUUCAAAUAACGUUAAAUAUCUGUCUUUGGUUAUGUAUAUUCUUUGAUUAAAACAGGGUUGGUUAUAUUAAUCAUAAUGCAAUAUGUCUAUACCCUGUAUCCAUCUAACCUGUAUGAAUAACUGAUUGAUACAUUCAUCUUUACAAAGAAAUAUAGAAUCUAAUUAUAUUAGUACCCCUAAAUCAGUCAAGGAUGCAGUUUUAGACAUUACUGUAGCAAUCACACAUUUAGUUUACAUUUGUAUAUCAUGCAUGAUUCCAAUAGAUUAAUUUAAGUUCUAAUAUCCUGAAAAUAUGGAAGUGACCUCAGACUUUGGGUUCGUAUGGCUGACAAACACUCUGGAUUGCCUGUGAUGUUUAUGCACAAAUAAUUGCAUAGUUUGUAUACCCCUUUGAAGCUCUGUGAGUUUAAGUAUCUCGAAUUGUAAAGUCCCAUUGAGUAAUAAACGAUUGUUCUCGUUACCCUUGUACACAUAUAGCUCACAAAUUAAACUGUAGAUAAGUAUUCCUCCUGUUUACUUCUUAAGGUUACAAAAUACAAAGUUCCUUUGACCUGUGUUGAAACAGCAUUACGUAAUGUCCAGGCCAAGCUCACCAGCAUCCAUAUUAUUUUUCUUUUAAUAUUAAAAAUUAUGGGGCACCAAAUAGCAGAACAACAGGAAAGCAUUAUUAUCCAUUCCUGUAUCAUGUGACCAAGUUUUACUUGGUCGAUGCACCGGAAGUGCCAGUAGUGCCUGUCAUAUUUGACAUCCACUAGAGGUGGACUUAACUCUGCAAUGUAUACAUUGUAGUUUCUAACAGUGUUUCACAUUGCAGGGUUAAAAAGACAAAUAUAUUGCACCCAGACCACUUCAUUGAGAUGAAGUGGUCUGGGUGAUUAUAGUGUCACUUUAUGCUUUUCUUGCCAAGUUUUCCCUUAGUUUUGUGAUGUCAGACCCAGCUUGUAGACCAGUUUUACAAGAACCAGACCUCUGUGGAAGUGAACUGCUAUCUGAAAAUUACUCAGCCUAGUUCUAAACUUUCAUUCUCCUCUGUAGAGCAGAAGAUAGAGCUCAUCCAGCCUCACCUCUAUGAAGCUGGAGGAGAUAAACUACUAUGUGAAGCUAAUUCCUAAUUACUGGCUUCAGUCUUCAUGACAGCCAAAUGGUGUAUUGACCAUAUUAGCAGUGAAUCCAGUUGCCAAACUUGUCUAACAAAUAAGUUUAAUCCAGUCCAGUGGUAAGUUCCAGCCCUUAUGUGCAAAAGUUGAUAGAACGAUGGGGUUGAUAUAAUCCACAUCCCAGAUGUGUACAGCAGAGGGACCUGGGAUCGCCUGUGCCUCAUCCGCAAAGUCCAAGGAAUUGAGAAAUGUUUUCACGUUCACCAAAACAGUACUUUCUGGUUGUCUUUUGAUCUACAAUUAGUUAAUGCUGUUUAUUCCAUCUGUAUGUAUUCACUUGAAAUCUUGGUGGAAAAUGGGAUAGAUUGCCUCCAAAUACCUAUAUUCUAAAAUAUAGUAGAAUGGGUUUCAGAUUGUAGCAUGGUUUUAUUAUUGACUGCUAGCAAUAUGGUGAAAGCAGAUAAACAUGUCUUUAGGAACUUGGUCUGCUGCUGUGGGUGAAUUAGGCAGCCUUGUAAAACCAUCAGGCAUUGAAUUUUUUAGCUUGUUUAGAGGAAAAAACUAAUUGUCAGAAUAGUUGGGGUAAUUCUUCAUAGUCCACGGACUCUGGAAGACCACACUUUGUAUCAUCUGCCAAGAUAUUAUCAAAGUAAAGAAUUUCACUGUUUGAAUCCACAUCCACAGCUUCAAAUAUCUCUGUUAUGAUCCUAGAUCCUGUCUACACACUGCUUGGUCCUCUGCAAACAUCCACUGGAUUUUGUCCAUUAUGGAGGGCAGAGGAAGUGUUAGGAUCACCUAUUAUGCUUCCAGUUGUGGUUCCAAUCUGGCUCAGGAGAGAUAUACUUAACAUCUUCUUUCUCCUUGUCUGGCCUGGUUACCAAUAUAGAUUUAAGCAUUUGGUACUUUGUUAACAGAUCUUUCUUGCCCAUUGCAAGAGUUUGGAGCAAAAAUCAGCAUUUAAAGACGCUUUAAAAAUCUUAAAGACAUAACGUUUGGGGUUCAUACAUUGGCUCCAUUCAGAUAUUGCUCUGUCCCCAACAGAUUACAACUCUUUAGUGACUGUACUCCCAUUCUCAGAGUUCAUUUGCACUUUAUUCUAGAAUAUCAAUCUAAAGUUAGAAUCUCCCUAAGUGCCAGAAGUCCAUACGGUAUGUAUACACCAUGAGAGAGCAGCUGUGAGCCAAAGCAUGGUCUGCUGCAGUGACCACAUUGUCUGACAACUGUUCGUUAUUUCAUAGUGUGGGAGAGGAACACGCAACCCACCGAGUGCAUUGGGUAUUUAUAAUGCCUGAAAAUAUUUGUGGAAGGGGCUCAUUUCAGACUAGUUUCUGUUUGAAUCUCUGUGCAUUGUGAAUGACCUGAAAUAAAUAAUAAAUCAACCAGAUGUGCCUUCCUUCAAAAGUUGACAUCAGCCUGACAACUCCGAUGACAUGCGGCUUGUGCUGUGUGUGUUUUCUCUUUUGGUGUCAUGCUGCUUUAUUGCACCUGGUUUCUAAGGCAUCUGACUUAAUGUAAUGCCCUGCUGAUUCGUAGAGCUGUGAAAGAAAUACAUGUCACAAAAUGGUUUCACCUAUCAAUCUGAAAAUGACAGCCUUUGAAUCACUAUUUUUUUUUUUCAGGGAAUCUUAGGUUCUGGCCUGGCUCUCAAGGUUCAAGAGCAACAUCGUCAAAAACAUUUCGAGAAAAGAAGGAAACCAGCAGCAGAGCUAAUUCAG